GGCACUUCAUACAUAUAUAUGUUCAUCUUUAAAAAAAAGUAAAGUUGAGACUUGAGAGGUGAUCUUAUGAAUGUUUAUCGAAUACGAAAGUUCCCUUCUUUGGCUUUGUCUUUGUCUUUCUUUACUUGGUCUCCAAGAGCAACCCAAGCUUUGUGUUCUUGCUCCAUUUAUUUACCCUUUCAGUUCAUUCUGCGAAGUCUUUGACCAGGUGUUCUUUCUCACUCUCUUUGUGAAGGGAAUUCAGUUUGGGCAGUCAAUGACUGCAAUUGAGUUGUUGUAUUUGGUGAUUUUAUAGGGGGUGAUAUAUCAGAGCUGCCUUUUUAGAGAUGAUACUCUCAGCCCUUUUAACUUCUGUUGGGAUCAAUCUUGGUCUUUGCUUUUUGUUUUUUGCACUAUACUCGAUAUUGAGGAACCAGCCAGGUAAUAUCCCCGUAUAUUCGCCUCGGUUGUUCAGUGAAAGAAAAGCUCAGGAAGAGGAUGAGUUCAACUUGGAAAGAUUGCUACCAUCACCUGGUUGGUUGAAAAGGGCAUGGCAACCAUCUGAGGAUGAAUUAUUGUCAAUUACAGGCUUGGAUGCUGUAGUGUUUAUGCGCAUUUUUAUCUUCUGUGUUAGAGUGUUUGCCUUUGCCUGUGUCGUCGGAAUCUUUGUUCUUCUGCCAGUUAAUUUUUCGGGCGACCAAUUAACCAUUGAUUUCUCUAAUUUGCCGAACAAAACUCUGGAGUCAUUCAGUAUUUCAAAUGUGAAUGAUGGUUCAAACAGGUUAUGGAUUCACUUUUGUGCUGCCUAUGUUUUCACCGUGUUUGUAUGCUGUCUUCUGUAUUACGAGUACAACUAUAUUUCGUUGAAAAGAAUUGACCAUUUCUAUUCUUCUAAACCUCGGUCAGAUCAGUUUACGAUAUUAGUUAGCGGUAUUCCUGCCUCAGCUGGAAGCAGCUUCAGUCAAGCUGUUGACAACUUUUUCACGGAGUAUCAUCCUUCAACUUAUCUUUCACAUACAGUGGUUCGCCGAACAAGCAAGAUUCAAAGUCUUGUGAAUGAUGCAGAGAAGCUAUAUAGAACACUUGGUCGUUUAAAAUCGACAAACUCUCGGCAAAGGCAUAAGCGUGAAGGAUUUUUGGGACUAUUUGGUCGAAAAGUUGAUCUUGUAGAUCACUAUGAGAGGAAGUUGGAAGAUAUAGAAGAUAAUGUGAGACUCGAGCAAUCAUCAUUGGGAGGAGAGGAAAUACCCGCUGCUUUUGUGUCAUUUAAGUCGAGAUUUGGUGCUGCAAUAGCUUUGCACAUCCGACAAGGGAUUAAUCCUACGGAAUGGGUUACUGAACGAGCUCCCGAGCCUAAAGAUAUUUACUGGCCUUUCUUUUCUGCAUCGUUUGUGAAAAGAUGGAUGUUUAAGAUUGUGGUUGUUGUUGCAUAUAUUGCUGUUACAAUUUUAUUUCUUAUUCCAGUUGUAGUCGUGCAAGGUCUCACUCAUCUCGAGCAGCUAGAGACCUGGCUCCCCUUUCUAAAAGGAGUACUAAGCCUGACUUUCGUCAGUAAUUUGAUUACGGGAUAUCUACCAAGUCUCAUUCUUCAAUUGUUCCUAUCGAUUGUACCACCAAUUAUGAUACUCUUUUCUUCCAUGCAAGGAUCUAUUUCCCACAGUCAGAUAGAGAAAAAUGCGUGUACCAAGCUAUUAUGGUUCACCGUGUGGAACAUUUUCUUCGCUAACGUACUAUCAGGUUCUGCUCUCUCUAUGGUCAAUAUCUUCCUUGAGCCAAAGAAAAUCCCCGGACUGCUAGGCGAAGUUGUUCCUGCACAGGCAUCAUUCUUCAUUGCCUAUGUUGUGACAUCUGGAUGGACCAGUACAACUUCCGAACUUCUUCGUCUGUUUCCCCUUCUUUACAGUUUCGUGCAAAGACUAUUUAUGGGGAAAGAUGAUGACAAAGAUGAUUUUGAAAUUCCUUCAAUCCCUUACCACAGUGAAAUUCCCAGGAUUCUCUUCUUCAAACUUCUUGGUGUUACUUAUUUCUUCCUUGCCCCACUAAUUUUGCCAUUUCUCUUGGUUUAUUGUUGCCUGGGAUACAUUAUCUACCGCAACCAGUUCUUGAAUGUAUAUGCACCCAAAUUCGAAACUGGUGGAAAGUUUUGGCCAAUUGUGCACAAUUCAACAAUAUUUUCCUUAGUGCUAAUGCAUGUUAUUGCGAUCGGAAUAUUUGGGCUUAAGAAGCUUCCUCUAGCAUCCAGUUUAACUAUCCCUCUUCCGAUUCUUACGCUUGUAUUCAACGCAUACUGCCGGAAGAGGUUCCUGCCCAUCUUCAAAGCUUACCCAACUGAGUGUUUGAUAAAGAAAGAUAGAAAAGACCAGGAUGAUCCAACCAUGACAGAAUUUCUCGAAAAAUUAGCAACUGCAUAUCAGGAUCCAGCUAUGACGGCAGCCCGAUAUUCCAGAAAUGACAAUGGGCGCAGCUCUCCCCUUCUUCUCGGUGUUGAAGUUUGAAUUGGGUAAAGUUCUUUUUCCUGAUUCGUGUAUACCAACUGGUUAAUAGUUUGUAAUGCUAAUGAAACGAAAUUCUCAUUGUUGUGUCCAUGUUGUAAGAUAGCUGCUCCCCCUGUUGUUGAAUUAAAUCAUGAGAAUUCUCAUUUCAUUUCACGUUAGUAGGAGCAUGAGAUAUUUUUUAAUGGAAUUACUUGUUUUUUUCCAUUCA